GGUGAGUCAAAGCACAAACACUGUUGCAGCGCUUCAGAGAGUCACCACAUAUACGUGUAGACAGCGACGUGGAAGACAGUGCAUAUAGUCUGAAAGGAGUAGUUCAGUGGAUGUGAAGCGAAGGGAUGUGCGAAGAAGGGGACGUGGACAUGACAAUGCUGCAGAAAGGGGGGAGAUAUACACCUUCGGAUUUCAAGAAGUUGCUGGGCACUUCUGCUAAGAAUUCGGAAAUGGUUGUUGAUGGGUCGAAGGACGAGUUGAAGACCGGUGCAUCGAAAAUUUUGAUGUUGUCCAGAAUGAAGGACAUAACACAAACACCUCCAGAAGACUUUCAAGAUGUUCCUGUCAUAGUCGCAGAUGGUGUCGAAUAUGUUCUACUGGAUCAACUUGUGGACUUCAUGAAAAAUAGUCCCGACGACAGGAACGUGAUCCAUGAGGCAUUGCAUGAAGUCACUGAGUUGGCACUGCAGGGUCAAGAGCUAAUUGAAUAUAUGCCGGCAAGAAAGGAAGACAUCAUGAUAUGUGGCACACCGUUGUGGGAGGGUAUAUUAUAUGCUGCUUUGGAGCAGCUCGGUCAUGCCAGUUGUGAUGUUGAGAGACAAAGAAAAAGAGAAGAACAGUGGAAGUCGAUGGUCAGGGAAACAAAUCUUGCAAUGAUUUCACACAACGGACAGACAUCAGCGGCACAGGAAACAAUGAACAGUAUGUUAGUUGUUGUACCUCCCGUGCAGACGACAACGACAGAGGAGAUAGAGGAAGAAACUAUGUUCAAUGGCUUCACAAUGGGUGAACAACAGCGUGAUCGUGGAUUCCAAGAUCCCGAGUUACCAAGUUGUCUUGCAGAGUACACAGGAAAUGCAGAAGAAGAAGAUGAAGAAGAGGAUGACGGGGCAUCAUCUUCUGAGGUGGAAGUGAGUGGCAAUUAUGUCAGCAGCGAUGAGGAAGGAGAGGAACGUGAUGUGUACUAUGAUUUGAAGGGGGCGAGUGGACAAGUGACAAAAGGGUGGGCACAUGCAAUUCUGAGGUUGGCACAUGCUUUUCCUGAUCCGCAAAAAGUGUUGUGUGUUAUGAUGAAGGGGGCAAUACCUGAUGGCGGACUGCAGUAUGCCGCACGGAAGAGUACGGGGCCUGCAGUACAGGUGGCGGCCUAUUCGGAGGUCGACUUGGACGCGAGCGAGGGACAGGGUGUGGAGGAGGUGGACGCAGGAGGCCUGGGCUCGCAAGGAGCUCCGCAAAAGAGGAGGGGGAAUCGUCCAGACGAGUUCGCCGGUUCUACAGAGAAGUUAAAGAGCAAGGUCCCCACGACUAUGGGGGAGAAACGCAAGGGGACCGAGGGGGAGCAGGGCCGGCAGGUUGCCAAACGACCGUCUUCGAGACAGAAGCAGCCUGAGUCUGGACCGUUUUCUCCACCGACAACAGGGACUCCCAUCGACGUCGAUGCCGGGUACUUCCUCGAGUACAAAGACGGCGUUUGGACAAAGCGGGAGUUCGACAUUAGCCCUGCGCAGGUCGUCGACCUCGAGGACAGGGAGGACUUGUGCAACCAGCGGUCCCUGGAUUUCGUGCUCGUGGAAGGGAUCAAAGAAUCGAUGUGGUUGGCGUUCGAAAACAAAGCGCAGUCUUACGAUGUACCAACCCUGAAGUUGGCGCCGCUGGGGCUUGAUAAACCGACUCCGGGGACCAAGGCAGAACCUCUGAGGCCGGAGGAUUGGAGGGAUGAGCUGGCGGGACAAUACUACUACUACGCGGUGUGUGGGCAGCACAACGCGGCUGCAGCGAGGUCGCUGCUCGGCAGCGAGGUGGCCAGGAAAUACAAUUUCGAGCGGUGGCCUGCACGAAUGGUCUACUUUUCGGACGACGACUUCGAAGGGUACUUCCUUGUCAGUUCCCAGGACAACAAGAAGGACCUGAAGGCGCCCCCACGACAGUUGAAGCUGUCAAUGAGGGACAUUAGGUGGCAGUGGAAGCGCGCCGGUUGCCCGCGUGCUGUUAUGGGGAACCCCAGUGGAAAACAUGAUAGGUCCGGAAGUGGCGUGAAUUUUGUAAUAUUGCUCGGACACGACGGUGCAAAGUGGAUGAUGUGGAAGAAGAAAGUAAAAAACGUGAAGCCUGGGGUUGCAUACAUCCAUAAUGACAAGCUGGGCAGGAAGGAGGUCGUGUACAACGUCCCUGUGGACCCGCCGACAAAGAAAGGCAAAAAGGAGAAAGAGGAGGGCGAGUGGUUUGUGCAAGUGCCAGAGCUAGACGCGCAUUGUUGGAAAACGAUGGAGUUGCUGAUAGACAACGAGAAGUGCCGCGUCCUGAAGAAGGUGCUCGCUUGCAAGGUGGUUUGGGUACAGGCCGACUCCCCAGCGUUCGCGAAGCUCGGAAAGCUGAGCGUCCAGGAGGUGGUGAAUUUGGUGAAGUGCGACCGGGUGCUGGUGCGUCUGUGGAACUACUACCAGUUCAAGCACGACAAAAGGCCGGACGCGGAUUGGAGCCAGAGGUUCCCGUUCCUGAAAUCAAGGUCCGCAAUUUUCAGACAGUUUGAGAGUCGUGGUUUGGAUGCUGAGUUGUGGGACGGGAGCACGAAAUACGUCACUGACUCCUCGCUGUUCAAGGACUGCCCGCCCUACAUGGGCUGCGACGACGACAGAUCGAUCGAGGCGACGGAGAAGCUGGCCGGUCACAAAAAGUUGUCCGUCGACUGGAGGAAUAAGGUCCUGUCCGUGUUGACUGGCAAUAGACUGAAGAGUCGAGAGAUCGCGCUGGCCGAAGGCAUUGUGCACAUAAAAUGGAAUGACACGGGCGACGUGACAUCCAUCGCGCCAUUCGGCAACGACCCCUUGGAGGCAGACAUAAGGAGUGCGGAGGUGAAGGAGGCAGUGGUUGCCACAAAGAGUCACACGUUCGUCCUCGAUCUGUGCGAACCGGUGGACCUGAAGCUUUGGAAACYGCAAGCGUUCGACACUCUGGAUUCCCAACUCCAGACGUGGUGUCCUGUGUACGGGGACAUGGAACGCAACCCCGCGCAAUUCGUUCAGCUUCUCGAAUCCGUCACCAAGAAGGGGGAGGGUGUCGUCUUCCUCGGGAAGCCACACGCGCGGUCAGUCUGGGAAGUACUGAAGGCAGGACGGCACGUCAUCGCGAUGGAAGGGAACUCCGAGCCCUUGCAAUUUACAAUUGAUCUCGUCAAAAGCGAGGUCAAUUCGGGUGCCCACAAUUGCGAGUUCAUGGUCGUCACCGAGACUCGAGCUCGCGCGUGGAACAACAAGACGGACAUGUGGUUCAAGUUGAGUGCGAGGAAGCGGAACAAGAUAUACGACUUCUUGUUCCUGCAAACGCGGCCGAAGAGAGACACUGAGGCCGAGUACGUGCGCCUCAAGGACCACAUGUUCACGUUGCUCGACAACUACCACGGCGCCUCCCUCAUGAACGCGAAGACCUUCCUCGAGAGGUUGCAGUCCCUUUACUUCGUGGAGUCAGAGGAGGAGCUGACGUUCGGCAGUUACUCCUCCUUGAGCUCCACGGAAGACGAGGAGACCACCGGCAUCGAGUUCGACGCGACCGCGGACUGGGGCCAUGACAUGAUUUGGCAUCCAGGAGUCAUCCAGCCGGCGAUCCAAAAGGGUGAGUGGAUCGUGGUGGUCGUUGUCCCGGACGGAGGAUGGAUGCCACUCCCUCGCGGGUCGAAGUUUGACUUCCUCGACGUCGCUAGAAUUGCGGUCCUCCAGAAAGUGAGGGCCGAGAAUGACUCUUUCGCACCCGAAGACGUGUCCGUCAUUUCCACAGUCGGGCGAUUGUUCGCCGAACUUCAGGACAAGUGGUGGUUGGAGCUAACGGAGGACUACUAUGACCUCGACACGAGCCCCUCGAAAGGAAGGGUGGGCUGGAAAAUCCCCCCUCCCAGUGGGACGCAUGUAAGUACAGGGUCCCGGGGACCGGACGGUGGGGAGAACGAGGGCGACGAGGCUGGGGGCGGCAAACGAGUCCCGGGGCGACAACACGAGGGCGACGAGGCUGAGGGCGGGUGUCAGGGCGACACCACGACAGCGGAAGGCAGCGGCGGGGUGGCGGGGGAGGCCCUCGGGCGUCAGCAGUAUACCGGUCCCAGGCCGGAAGGCUCAGCACUGUCGGCGGACGUGCCCAGUUCAUCCGCCUGCUCGGUGAUGGCGGCCUUGGUUGCUCUCCGUGCCGGCUCGGUCAAAACGUUCAAGUCCGCCGGGAUCCGAACUUCAAUGCUUGCAGAGCGGACAAAGAGGACGGACGUGCAGAGCUGGUCAGGACCGGGGGUGGCGAGUCGUCAUCCCGAAAUAGACAGCGGUGCGGCGGGAGGGGCUGCGUGCGGCGGGCGGGAAGCGCAUUCGUCGAAAAUCGACACGGGUUCGGGCGAAGUGGCUGCAUUGCAUGCAGGGGAAGAAGGAAGGGUGAUGGACAAAGAGAAGGAAGUGGAGGAAGGAGACACAAGGGAGGAAUUGGAGGAAGGAGGGGAUGAAGGGGAGGAAGAAGAGGAUGAAGGAGAGGAAGGGGAAGAAACGGAGUUGGCUGGGUUGCUAGGAGGGCAGGAGGGGGAAAAAGGUGAACUCGAUACAAAAGACGACGAAUGGACUUUCGGCGACGACGAUGACAGAUCUGGGGAGUCGUCUGACGGAUUUGGGCAGCUGUACGGAGAACACCGCGAGGAAGACGACGACGACGAUGACACGACACUGGGUAUGGAGAUACAGGUGGUCACAAGCCUUUCGGCAGAACGUGAUGACUAUGAUGUCGAAGCAAUGACGUCUGCCGUCGAUCUCCAACACCGGUUCAACGAAGCUCGUGUAGCAGUCAGCCUGACUAAGCCGAGUGUGCGUAUUGACAUCGAAGAAGUUAUCGACGGCAUCCUGGGCGACCACCAUAUGUCCGCGCAGCCGUCCUGGACGCCUGGUGUCGACGACCCUCUCGACGCCAAACCUUCCUAGGGAUCUGUCGUCGAUUUCUCGCCGAUGAACUCUCCGAUGCUGCCGCCGACCAUCG